CGCCGUGUGCUGGCGAUCUGUGCCUCCCGCUCGCCGCCGACGACUGACGCGAACGAGCGCUCGCUCCCGACUCAUGGUCGCCGCGGGCGCCGCCAAGGCCACGGCGGCGGCCGUCUCCUCCGCGGUGUUCCGGGGCAACCAGGAGCUCACCCGCCUCGCGCGGUCGGGGCAGCUGGCGGCGGCGCGGCGCCUGUUCGACUCCAUGCCCCGCCGCAACACCGUCACCUACAACGCCAUGCUCUCCGCGCUGGCGCGCCACCGGCGGAUCGACGAGGCCCGGGCCCUCUUCGACGGGAUGCCCAGCAGGAACAGCGUCUCCUGGAACGCGAUGAUCGCGGCGUGCUCGGACCACGGCCGCGUCGCGGACGCCCGGAGCCUGUUCGACGCGAUGCCCGGCCGGGACGACUUCUCCUGGACGCUCAUGGUCUCCUGCUACGCGCGCGCGGGGGAGCUCGAGCUCGCUAGGGACGUGCUCGACCGCAUGCCUAGCGACAAGUGCACGGCGUGCUACAAUGCCAUGAUCUCUGGGUACGCCAAGAACGGCAGGUUCGACGAUGCGGUGAAGCUGCUGAAGGAGAUGCCAGCCCCGGACCUGGUUUCUUGGAACUCGGCGCUGGCCGGUCUUACCCAGAGUGGAGAAAUGGUCCGUGCAGUGCAAUUCUUUGACGAAAUGGUGGAGAAGGACAAGGUGUCCUGGAACUUGAUGCUGGAGGGGUAUGUGCGAGCUGGGGAUUUGGAUGGGGCCUCUACCUUCUUUGCAAGGAUUGAAUCACCUAAUGUCAUUUCUUGGGUGACCUUGCUGAAUGGAUAUUGCCGGGCAGGGAGGAUCAGUGAUGCCAGAAAAUUGUUCGACAGAAUGCCUGAGCGAAACAUUGUGGCUUGGAACGUGAUGCUUGAAGGGUAUGUGAGGCUCUCUCUCAUGGAGGAGGCCAGUAAGCUGUUCGAGGAGAUGCCAGAUAAGAACUCUAUCUCAUGGACAACUAUAAUAAGUGGAUUGGCACGUGCUGGGAAACUCCAAGAAGCAAAGGAUCUUCUCGAUAAGAUGCCUUUCAACUGUGUCGCAGCGAAGACUGCACUCAUGCAUGGCUAUUUACAGAGCAAGAUGGUUGGUGAUGCUCGUCAGAUUUUUGAUGGAAUUGAGGUGCGCGAUGCAGUGUGCUGGAAUACGAUGAUAUCUGGUUAUGUCCAGUGUGGAAUGCUUGAAGAGGCCAUGUUGUUGUUCCAGCAAAUGCCGAAUAAGGAUAUGGUUUCUUGGAACACCAUGAUUGCUGGCUAUGCUCAGGGUGGUCAAAUGCGCAAGGCAGUCAGUAUUUUCAGGAGGAUGAAUAGGAGAAAUACAGUGUCUUGGAAUUCAGUUAUAUCUGGAUUUGUUCAGAAUGGACUCUUUGUUGAUGCACUCAACCAUUUCAUGCUCAUGAGAAGGGACACAAAGCUGGCUGAUUGGUCUACUUAUGCAAGCUGUCUCAGCGCAUGUGCAAACCUGGCUGCUUUGCAAGUUGGGAGGCAAUUCCACAGUCUUCUUGUUAGGAGUGGGUAUAUCAACGAUUCAUUUGCUGGAAAUGCUUUGAUUUCCACAUAUGCAAAGUGUGGAAGGAUAUUGGAAGCAAAACAAAUAUUUGAUGAGAUGGUGGGCAAGGAUAUUGUUUCAUGGAAUGCGUUGAUUGAUGGCCAUGCUUCUAACGGUCACGGGAACGAGGCAAUCUCAGUAUUCCGGGAAAUGGAAGCCAAGAAUAUCAGACCUGAUGAGGUCACGUUUGUUGGUAUCUUGUCGGCUUGCAGUCAUGCUGGAUUGAUUGAUGAAGGACUGAAGUUUUUUAACUCAAUGGGAAAGGAUUACUCAGUAAACCCUGUGGCUGAGCACUAUGCUUGCAUGGCAGACCUGCUUGGAAGAGCUGGGAGACUGAACGAGGCAUUUGAACUUGUGCAAGGAAUGCAGAUCAAACCCAACGCUGGGGUGUGGGGUGCCUUGCUUGGAGCAUGCCGGCUGCACAAAAACGAUGAGCUAGCACGAUUGGCUGCUGAGAAGUUAUUUGAAUUGGAACCUAACAAGACCUCAAAUUAUGUGCUGCUGUCAAAUAUCAGUGCUGAGGCAGGCAAGUGGGAUGAAGCUGAAAAGGUGAGGGCUUCAAUUAAAGAAAAGGGAGUGCAUAAGCCACCUGGUUUAGCUGGAUCCACAUAGACCUUCUCAUUCAAUGAAUUUGCGCUAUGUUUUCACUCAUUUAUGGAACUUGAGCAUACAGACAGGUUAUUUAAGGCUGCUGUCUGAAGUCUGAACUAGACUCUUGCGUUUUUGCACCCUGGUUGCUGGUUGGACUCCCAUGCCAAUGAGGAAGUUAUACAGCGGGAGGACAGCAGUGUUUUCUGUUUUUGCAGAACUUUAUAAAACCAAGUCCCAGUAGUUCUCUUUCCAGUGCCUGCCGGGUCAAGCUUCUGCUUGCACUGUCUUACAGCAUUCGUUCCAGUGGGCUGCUGACUUCCCGUUCUUGUUAAGCCAGGAGAGCCUCAGAUUUCUUGUUAUUAAGCUGCCAUCUCUGUGUCCUCUGAGCCGCGGUCCGAAGACUAACACAAAACUGAAAUCUGAGACCUGGAAAGCACAUGAUCAUACAUUGUCACUCUUCUCAUAUCUCCUGAAACACCGGAUCCAUCCUCGGAAACAGAAAGUAUGCACAAACCAAGGGCUAAGCAACUUGAGCUAACGUUUGCAAUUUCCCAUUUACUCUAGUACUGCUGCUCCUUGCCAUGAACAUUUCACAUUGGCAUGCUUUUGCUCACUAUCCUGGUGCUUUGCUUCUGCAAUCGCCUUUUCCAAAACGACUUUCUGUACACGCCUGUAUAGCUUUGCCUUGAAUUGUUUCAGUUUUGCUUCUGAGUUCUGAGCCGUGUCAUGAAUUUUCGUUCUUUUUUUUCAUCUGAGAGGAAUGUCAUGAACUGUAUAGCGUUGGAGUAGAGGAUUGUUUUUUUUUCUUUCUUUUUUCUGAUCUGAGAGUUGAGGAUUGCAGCUUGCCUCUCUGUUUCGGAGGGGAUGAUAUAUACGUGUUAUGCUAAUCAGGUCAGGCCCGACCCACCUAAGGAGACAGGUCGGCCCAAUCCAUCAACCUAAAGCCCAAAUUCAAAGCGGGUCUGGACCCGCUUACGCGGCCGUCGAUCCGCCAACCCGUUCGAACCGCCGGGACAAGCCCGAAACCCUUCGUCCUGCCAGCGCCGCUUUCUCAUUCCCACUCCGACUCCGAGCCCCAAAACCCUAGACCCCCUCGCCGCCGCCGCCAUGAUCACCGGCGGCCAGAGCUUCGUCUCCGCGCCGCCGGCCUUCUCGGCCGACGGCCGCCUCCUCCUCGUCUGCUCCGGCCGCACCGUCUCCGUCUUCAGCACCGCCACCGCCAUGCUGGUGUCGGAGCUGGAGGGGCACGAGGGGGACGUCACCGCCGUGGUGGUGGUGCCGCCGCCGGCUGGUGCGGCUGCGACCCCGGCGGCCAAGCUCGCGAGCAACUGCUGGACCGCGGGGCUCGACGGCGUGCUCAUAUACUGGGACUUCGUGGCGGCGGAGGCCGUGCGGAAGGUCCAGGUCGGACUCCCCGUCCACUCCAUGGUGAUUCCUAACAUAUGUAGGACCUCAAAAGGAGCUGAGGUGUCGACUCCCUUUGCAUUUGUCUCUGUCGAAGAUACAAGUAAGCCAGUUAAUGAACCAAAAGCUCUGCGUGGGCAGAUGAGAAUUUAUGACCUGACGAAGGGGCGUAAAGUGGGUUAUCUCCUGGCUGAGACAAGGAAACCAGAAAAGAUUGUUGCAAGUAGUUCUGGGGAAUUCUUGGGCAUUACAAAUAAAAGAAAGCUCCAUAUCUGGAGAAUACCAACGAAAGAUUUCAAGCAUGAUAAGAUUAGGAAGAUAAAGCUCCGGCACACUAAAAACCUGACCACUCUGGCUUUCCAUCCAAGCGAGGGAAUUGUGGCUGCUGGUGAUGUAACAGGGAGGAUCUUGAUUUGGAGAGGUUUUGGAAAUGCAAAGUUCUCUGAAAGUAGUGCAAAGUCGAAGGUGGAUGAAGGAAGGGAUGGUGUUAGGGGCAAUGAUGAUGCAGACACUUGCACGACAUGGCAUUGGCAUUCAAGCAGAGUGAGGUUUCUCAAAUUUUCCUCUGAUGGAGCAUACUUGUUCUCAGGUGGUUUGGAGGGAGUUAUUGUUGUAUGGCAGUUAGAUACUGGAAAGAGAAGAUAUAAACCGCGUCUGGGGUCUCCUCUUUUGUUCUUUGUAGAUUCUCCAGAUUCUUCCAUUUCCUGUGUGUCAUGUACAAAUAACCAAGUGUAUCUCCUAAAAAUGCCUAAUAUGGAGGUCAUGAGAUCUAUUGCUGGAAUUAAGCUGCCAACUGCUUCCCCGAGCUUGGGUGGAUCUGAUCGGGUUGUGUACGGAUUUGAUUAUACUAAUAAACUUGUUGCUAUACCGACGGAAGAUUACUGCAUACAGUUCUACAAUCUGUUCGAGAACACUGAGGUUUCAGAGUUGCAAGUAUGUGAGAGGAAUUUUCAGCCUGUUGACGAUAUCACGAUGUACAUUUCCUUAGUUUCAUUGUCAAUAGAUGGCAGUUUGAUGUGCACUGUGGACGUCAAGCUUCCUGAAGAAGAAUUAGGUGGUCUUGUUACACUGAAGUUCUGGAAUCAUGGGUCUAGUGCAGGAAAUUAUUUUUUGUCCACUGUCAUUUAUGAGCCUCACAGUGAUGCUGGGGUUUCUGCUGUCGCUUUCCGUCCAGGAAGAAAUAUGGCUGUGAGCUCUUCUUUUGGUGGUAACUUCAAGGUUUGGGUCCAGAGUUUGUCUUCACAAUCAAGCAAUGAAAGAAAUUAUGCUGGUUGGAGAUGCCAAUCGGUUGGCUCUUACAAGAAGAAACCUAUGACAGCAGCAGCCUUCUCAGCCGAUGGAUCUGUUCUUGCAGUUGCAGCUGAGAGUGUCAUCACAUUGUGGGAUCCUGAUAGCAAUGCACUUGUUGGUGUAAUUGCAGAAACACUAUCGCCAAUUACAAAUCUUUCUUUUGUUGGGACAUCGGUGUUUUUGAUGUCUCUGUGCCAGAGUUCAAGACCAGAGGUUACUGUAUGGAAUGUUUCAAAUCUUUCCAUGCAGUGGGCUUACAGCAUUUAUGCCGAAGCUGCAUGCUGUUCGCCAGAUGGGAAUGAAUUUGCGGUUCUUACUCUUCUGAGCUGUCCUGAUGGAGGAACAUCGACGGAGCAAAAUGGAGCGAUUCUACUUUUUAAUGCAGAAAGCCCGAACCCUGUUGCCUCCUGGUCGGUAAAGAAAGCAAGGGGUGGCAGCAUUUCUUUUGUGAAGGGUGACGUCUCUUCGAAAGAUAAAGAGACAAUGUUGCUGGUUUAUGUAAAUGGUUCUCAUGAAUAUGUCAUCUUUGAUCCCCGGAAGAGAGAAGAGUUGGUCGUUAGCAGGAACAUAGACAAGAAGGUUCAAGCUGAGGAACUUGCACUAAUCGGCUACGCAUCUAUCUACGGAGAGCUUCCAAAGCUGGAGUCAAAGAAAGAGGUUUCAGAUGUUCCAUUUAUCCCUUCAGACAGGCCUUGGGAGACCAUAUUCAGUGGCUCGUCACAUGUUCUUCCGCCCCUCACAAAACUAUGUUCAGCUUUCUUGUCAUCAUUGCUCGAGAAGAGACCAGUCGCAAAUGAGUGAGACACCCCAAAGUUUUGUCCCAUCAUACCCAUUGCAAAAUGGCAAUGCAGAAAGAACUCCACUGACUUAGACGCAACAAAGGUGAUCGGUCCAUGCUGGAAUGCAGAAGCUACUCAUGUGGAGAUCCUGGGUGGUGCUGUUGAGCCGUGAGCACGGGCUAGCAUCGGCUGAAACCAAGCCCGUUUUGUAGUGGUACCAAGUGAUUGGCAACCUACUGAUCCGUAGCAGUUUUGUUUCCUUGACAGCUUCACAUGUAAGCCAGACAACCAAACUGGCAAUUUUUUGUGUGAUAUGAUGUCUGCAGCUUGUUCCAUGUCUUCGCUA